AUGUUCGGGCAGCCAGAGACGCUGGGAGUGAAGGAGGAAGAGGGGCUCCUUGACACCCGGUCCUUGCCUUCUUCCUCGUCGUCUUCCUCCCCCUCCUCAUCCUCAUCCUCCUCUCUCGCCCCUUUCUCGUCAGGCUCCGAGGGGGAGGACGACGUGGAAGAAGAGCCGUCCCGCGUCCUGUCCCCCCCGGGGUCGGCGCCCGAGGUGGCCGUAAAAGCGGCGGAGCACGCGCGCCUGCCCCUCCUCGGCUUGAGGCGGCACGACUGCAAGAGGCGCUCCGGCCGGGCGCGAAACGCCUCCCGCCUCGCCAAGACGACCGAGACGGUCCAACGGCUCAAGAAGAGCCGCCGCCUGAAGGCCAACAACCGCGAGCGGAACCGGAUGCACAACCUGAACGCGGCGCUGGAUUCCCUGCGGGAGGUGCUGCCCACCUUCCCGGAGGACGCCAAACUGACCAAGAUCGAGACGCUUCGCUUCGCUCACAACUACAUUUGGGCGCUCACCGAGACCCUCCGCUUGGCCGACCAUUGCGGAGGCGGCGGAGCGGCUGCUGCCGCCGCUGCUGCCGCCGCCGCUGCCGCCUUCUCCGAGGCAGUGCUGGGAAGUAUUAGCGGAGGCGGCGGCAGCAGCAGCAUUUCUCCAGCCGCCUCCUCGGGUUCCUGGAGCUGCACCACGAGCCCCGCUCCUUCGGCCGCCUCCUCCGCUUACAGCUGUACUUUGUCGCCCUCCAGCCCCGGCAGCUCCGUCUCAGAGUUGGACUUUUGGCAAUCGGAAAAUCCCGGCUAUGUGCUGUCCAGGGAUUUAAUCUGA